CGCGUGCACCCUAUGCGACAAGAAAUUCGCUGCAAAAUUCCAGCUCCGCGGACAUCUUGCCUCUGUGCAUAUCAAAGCCUUCGUCUGUGAAACAUGCGGGCUACGGUGUUGUGAUUUGACACGGUUGACGUCCCAUCAGAAAACGCAUGUUGAGCCUCCGAAGUUACCCCACCGAUAUAUUCCUCCAGAGGACAAACGUUACCCUUGUAAAUUCUGUGACAAACGGUUCACCCGUAUAUACAGAAGGAAUAUGCACGUCAAGAUUGACCAUUUAGGAAACCUCUACAAAUGCGACUUGUGUGUGGACACGUUCAAGUAUUCAGCUUCCUUGAAGUGUCACAAGAAACGCGUGCAUAACUUGGGAGAUUAUGAACCACGACCCGAGAAACGCAAACCCUCCAAGUGCGACCUUUGCUCAAAAAGUAUAAGCUGGAAGAUUGGUAUAGUUCGACAUAAUGAACUCGUCCACUUUCAGGGCAAAAGUAAAUGUCCGUACGAUUGUGCUGAUCUGGAAUUUGAGACUGAACACGAGUGGAUUCAACAUUUGGAAGGAUGCACGUCGGGAAAAAUUACGGACGCUUCUCAAAGUCCCUGUCACCUUUGUGAGGCCGUAUUUCGAAACCAAUUCCUCCGAUUGUCCCACCAUCACCAAACCCAUGAAACAUUUCCUUGUGAAAUAUGUUCAAAGUCAUUUUCAACUCAAAAAAUAUUGGAGAUUCACAAAUCUUCGCAUGAAGAAUCCAAGCCACAUCUUUGUUCAAAGUGUGGGAAACGAUUUCGACAAGCCUGGAAUCUCAGACUUCAUUUAAUCACCAUUUGCGGGGAUGAUGACCAAGCGAGGAAAAAAUUGUUGGAAAAACGAAGAGCACAAUUCAAGUCGUACCGAGAUAAGAAGAAGAAUUUUAAUUGUGACGAAUGCUCUAUGGGCUUCAUCACGUCGAAAAGGUUGGAAUUACACAAGGAGAAAGUUCAUGGCGAGGACAAUGGCGACACAAAAUCCGAGACUGAAGUUAGUGACACUGAUGCUUAGGAUUAAUCAGAGUUUUACAUAUGAAUGCAUACUUUGGAUGCAAGGUUAACU